GAGAAUUUUUAGGACGUCAGAUGGGGGAAAGGACCUUAGCCCAAAGGAUGUUCGAAUUGUAAGGGGCCAGGAAGAACUCUUAAGAGAACAUUAUUCCAACCCCCUCAUUUUACAGAGGAGGAAAAUGAAGCCCGGAUGGAAGAAAGGAUUUGUCCAGCGCUACACCAGGAGCUGGCUGCAGAGCUAAGACUAAAAUUCAGAUUUCUUUGGCUCUCGGCCAAGGCUCCUUCUUCUAAACUCUGCAAUCUCGGGAACUGAGAUUUAAGAGGAAAUGGGAGAAGGAGAAAGCUUAAUGCGAAAAAAAGGGGGGAAGGGAACAGAGCCAGGUGGGAGGGUAAAGUAAAAGAGAUGGGAAUGCAAGAGAAAAGAGGGGUGUGAAGGAAAGAGGAGAAGUUGAAGAAAGAGAAGGGAGAAGAAAACAAUGAAGGGCUGAAGAAAGGGUUACAAAAGAAAGAAUGAGAGGAAAAAUAGAUAAAUGGAUAAGUAGUGGGGGAGGGAACAGACAGGGGGAAGGGGGGUUAGAGGGGAAGGGGCCGAGCUAUAUGGUGAGAGGAAGGGAAGGGGGAAGGGAACUAAAGAGGGAAGGAAGAAAGAGAGCCGAGAAAGAGAGAAAACAAGAGAGACCGCGAGAAGGGAGAGGGGGAGGUGAAUUUUAUAAAGUGACAGAGGUGAAACAGUAGAGAGAAAGGAGAGGCAAGAAAUGGAGAUACCGCUGUAGAAGGAAGGCAAAGGGAACUCCAGAACGAAAGAGGGAGCGGGGUAAAGAAAGGGGAGGAGAAGAGACGGGAAAGAGAGAGGCAAGGGACAGAGGAGGAGAGGUGUGAGGAGGGAGGCGAGGAGGAGGGAGCCCGGGAAUGUGAAGGGGAAAGGAGGGAGGAAAGAGUGCGCGGAAGGCAGUGCAGCCCCAGACGGGAUGGGCCCCCGGGCGGCGCUGGUGCUGCUGGGGUUACUGGGACUGCCGGCUCCGGAGACGGAGGCUGGGGCUGAGGCCGGGGGUCGGGGCAAGGAGGUGGGGGUCGGCCUGGGCCGGGGCCGAGGGGAAGACACGUUCUCGGCGCUGCAGAGCGUGGAGCGGGCGCUGGGGCCCGAGCGGGAGUUGCUGCGGCUGCUGGGAAGCUACAUGCGGGGCGAGGAGGCUCGACUGCAAGACCUGCGCCGGUUCUACAACAAGGUUCUCUCUUUGCACAAGGGAUCAGCCACCCCCGUGGGUAACCCUCUGCUGGCCUACACCCUCAUUAAGCGGCUACAGUCUGAUUGGAAGAAUGUUGUGUACAGCCUGGAAGCCAGUGAGAACAUACGAGCCUUGAAGGAUGGCUACAUGAAGGUAGAACAAGACCUCCCGGCGUUCGAGGAUCUGGAGGGGGCGGCCCGGGCCCUCAUGCGGCUGCAGGAUGUGUAUACGCUGAGUGUGAAAGGGCUCGCCCAUGGGGCUUUUCAGAGAGUCACAGGCUCCCAGGUCACUGACUUGUACAGGCCCCGGCAGGUUUUUUCCCUCUCAGCAGAUGACUGCUUCCAUGUGGGCAAGGUAGCCUAUGACAUGGGCGAUUAUUAUCAUGCCAUCUCAUGGCUAGAAGUAGCUGUCAGCCUCUUCCGAGGCUCCUAUGGAGAGUGGAACACUGAGGAUGAGGGAAGCCUGGAAGAUGCUCUGGACUACUUGGCUUUUGCUUAUUUCCAGGCAGGAAAUGUUUCUAAUGCCCUCAGACUCUCCAGAGAGUUCCUUCACUACAAUCCAAAUAACAAAAGAGUGGCCAGGAACAUCUUGAAAUAUGAAAGGCUGUUGGCAGAAAAAUCCAGUGUGACAGGACCUGAGGCAGCCAUCAAGAGACCCAAUGUCCCCCACCUACAGACUAGGGACACUUAUGAAGGACUAUGUCAGACCUUGGGAUCCCAGCCCACCCACUACCAGAUCCCAAGCCUCUACUGUGCCUAUGAGACCAACGCGAGCCCCUACCUGCUUCUCCAGCCUGUCCGGAAGGAGGUGCUCCAUCUGGAGCCUUACAUUGUCCUCUACCAUGACUUUGUCAGUGACUCAGAGGCCCAGAAGAUUAGGGGAUUUGCAGCACCCUGGCUGCAGCGGUCAGUGGUGGCCUCCGGGGAGAAGCAGCAGCAAGUGGAGUAUCGCAUCAGCAAGAGUGCUUGGCUGAAGGACACCGUGGACCCGAUGCUGGUGUCCCUAGACCACCGCAUCGCAGCCCUCACGGGGCUCAACGUCCAGCCCCCCUAUGCUGAGCACCUGCAGGUGGUGAAUUAUGGAAUUGGAGGACACUAUGAACCUCACUUUGACCACGCAACGUCGCCAAGCAGUCCUUUGUACCGAAUGAACUCUGGAAACCGGGUGGCAACCUUCAUGAUCUAUCUGAGCUCCGUGGAAGCUGGAGGGUCUACAGCCUUCAUCUAUGCCAACUUCAGUGUACCAGUUGUGAAGAACGCAGCCCUGUUUUGGUGGAACCUUCACAGGAGUGGUGAGGGUGAUGGAGACACAUUGCAUGCCGGCUGCCCUGUCCUGGUGGGAGACAAGUGGGUGGCCAACAAGUGGAUACACGAGUAUGGGCAGGAGUUCCGCAGGCCGUGCAGUGCCAAGCCUGAAGACUAGGAAGCCCCUGAGUGCAGAGGCCUCCUGCUCCAAGGCAUCCUCCUCGGAGCCAGAAGCCAAGAUCUAGCCCAGGGAAUCUGGAGUGGGAUGGGGUCGGGGGGAGUCUUCCUGGAAGAGUCCCAUUGGAAGAGCAAAAGUCAGUGAUGGCUUCUGGCAGAUGGGAUGAGAAGCAAAGACCACAGUGAUCCUCAAUGCCCUUCACCUUAAAAUGUACACUUGGAGCUCCACUUUGGGGUGGAGGCAGAGGAGCAUGGCGAAAAGAAGAGGGAGAAUGGGAGAGGGAAGCCAUUGUUGGUUACAGCGCCCUUGGCUGGGGACAGACGAUCCGGAGCCUUGGUCCAGCACAAAUCUCUGUAAGCUGAGCCUCAGCAUGGUGUAAUGUGGCUGAGUCCAGGUUCAAAACCUGAUUUGGGUAAGGGGGCUGGGGUGAAGGAAGGGGAGGCUUCAGUGCUGUCUUUUCAGAUCUCUUUGUAGAGAUGCCAGUCCUCAUGCACAGUCAUGACCACAGGGCUUGUGUUCAUGCACAGCCACCAUUGGCAGAGUUGGCUCCAGUUCACAUGGCUUCCAGUUCUGGGCCUGCACAGAUGCUGCCUGAAACCAGAGGCCAUGGGCAAAGGCAGCUUUGGGCAGGUUAUCACCAGGGGAAGUUCAGAAUCCCAUCUCACCAGAACAGGAAGUCACACUACAACUUCCCUGGCAAGGAAUCCUCCAGUCCCCUCUGGAAGACCUUCAAUCAUGGGGAAAACACUCUACCUCACUAUGGGACAACUUGAAUGCUUUUCCCUCUAUGGAGCUGAAAUCCAUCUCUGCAACUUACUCCUACUGCUCCUAGAACAUCAUUGGGGCCCAGCAGAACUUGUCUAAUCCCUCUUCUACUGGAUAGCUCUUCAAAUACUCCAAGACACCCUGUCACCCUUGUCUUCUCUUCUCAAAACCUUCCCAGUUCUUCCAGAUGAUCCUUAGAUGGCACAAUUUUGGACACACUCACCCUUCUGGUUUCUUCCUCUGGCCCUCUCAGUUUCCCAAGACUCUUUCUAAAAUGUGGUCCAGAAGAGGACACAAAAUGGCGGAUGGGAACUGGCAAGGAUAGAGGGUGCAGUGGGGCCAAUCGGGACCUUUACAGUUGGUGCUCUGCCUCUAGGAAGCUAGGACCAUGUUAGAUUUUGCCCCUCAUUUGUCACUCAUUUUUCUUUAUAUUGAGUUUGCAGUCUUCAAAAAGAUAACAGCCAAGAGAUUCAAAGACAUCAGCCAGCCCCAGAAAUAUUCAACUUGUACAACACCAAGACCAUAAAGAGUCAGCUUUAUCACUUCCAUCUUACACAUCCUCUGACCAACAACUCCUACCUUCCUUCUCUUCCCUGCCAUAUCGCUGGUCAUUGGAUUAGAAUAAAGAAUAAACAUUUUGCUAAUAUUUUGAACAUAAACAGUGCCUUCCUUGCAAGGACUAAAAGCAUUUCAGUCAGCUGGCAGGAGUAUAUUGAGUCUCUAUUGGAUGCAUAUCCAAUGAUCUGCCUCAUCCUUGGUUAGUGGUCUGUAAGCACCUGAUAAUUCUCCCUCCACAAUCAUUGAUUGUGGGGACAUGGGGUCCACUGGAGGCAGAAUUGGAGAGUGCUGGUUCUAGAGACCCAGGUAUCCCUUCCAAGCAGGCUCAAGAGGAACCUGAGCCAAGAGCCACACAAACCAUCCUUUCAUGGAAUUCUCUGAAAGGAAGCACUGUUUGGGGGCCAUUGACCAGCUACCUGAACCCUGGAGAGGAGGGGGAAAGGAAGAGAAGGAAAGAGGAAGAGAGACACAGAGACAGAGAAGGACAGAGACAAGGAGAUAGAGACAGAAAGGGGGGGACGGGAGACAGAGAAUUUGCACAUGAUCAAUGAGAACGGGUUGGAAUUGCAUGGAGAAGGCUGUGGGUCUCUGCUUUAAUAUUUCAAGGGCGUCUAACAUCAUUCUAAUGGACGCUUCCUUUACCAAAACAAAUCAUGGUCCUUCUAGAAUGGUUUCAUGAAUUGUUAUGGCUGAAAAAAUGCCAUUCCCUAGUGGUUUCUCCUUCAAGGACAAGCUUCUCUGCAUUUAGCUAGGCUGGUUCUCCAACAACAGAUUCACAAUCCAUUGCUUGGCCACUUCUCAAAACCUUUCCAGCUUGGUUGGACCUGCCUUGAUUGGCACUUCACUGGCAUAGCCUUUGAGGGCUCAGGGUCUACUUCAUGAAUGAGGCACCCAGGAUGACAAUGGAGUGGGGAGGUAAAGAUAACUCCCUGCACCUGGGGGAGUUACUGUCAGUCCUCCAUUCCUGGAAUGUGAUUCUGAUUUGGGUCCUCUUUGGCCCCGUUUCUUUCUCUUGAGAGGACUGAACCAAGGUGGGUAUCUAGAGGCUUUUUCAAGUUCUUACUGACAUCCUGUCUUAAGUUCUAGAGUCUGACCUUUUGACAUUCCAUAUUCCAAGCUCCUUUUCAGUUAUUUUUUUUUAAAGAUUCUAUGAUUUAAGCUGGACAUUAAAACAAGAAAAAUAAUCCCAACAGGAAUUUUACCUCCACAAUGUAUUCUACAGCCAUCUUCAUUACUAGUCUAGGUCUUCAUCAGAUCUUACCUAGACUAUUGCAAUGACCUAAUUAGACUCCGUGCCUCUGGUUUGUCUCCUCUAAUAUAUCCUCUACAGAGCUGCCAAGCCAAUAGUCCUAUAGCACAUGUUGGAUCAUGUUACUCCCCUACUCAAGAAGCUCUAGGGGCUCCCCUUUGCCUCUAGGAUAAAAUACAAAUUCCCUUGUUUCCCUUUGAAAAUUCUUUACCACUUAAAGAGGUGAAAGAAAUCUCCCUUUCUAACCCAUUAUAUAAUUGCCUCAGCACAUUGUAGGAUUUGGCCAAAAUUGGCCAAAUUUCUUUUUUUGACCCAUAUAUAUGAAAUUCCAUUUCUCAUAUCCAUACCUUUGUAUAUAGGCUUCCUGGCUCCCUCCCCCAAAGUGGAAAUGCAUGUCAUCCUCAACUUUGCCUUAGAAAAUCCUUCAUUUCCUUCAAAGCUCAGUUUAAAUACCACGUUUUACAGGAAGUCUAGCCCAGUUCCCAUAGUUGUUAUUGUCCUUCCCUGGGAAAUUACUUUGUAUUAUUUUGCAUUUUAUUUUCUAUGAUUAUGCUAUUAUCCUUCAAUAGAAUGUAAUCUCCUUGA